CUGUUCGUCGCCGACCCAAACAAUCAGACAAUGUACGGACCAUAUCCGUACCCACCAGAGGUUGCUGAGAUGAUUCAAUCGGGCGGAUUUCCAUUUGCCAUGAUGAACCGUGGAAUGCCGCCACCACCACAGUGGAAUGGUUACCCGGUAAUACACCCAUACGAAUUACACCAGAUGCUACGACAGUUUCAACAAAUGGGAAUGGGCCAGUACCAACACGAUAGCCCACCACAGCUUCGCAAAUUGUUUAUCGGAGGUUUGAGCCAUGACACGACAGACGAGCAGCUCGGCAACUAUUUCUCGCAAUGGGGACCCGUCGUUGACGCGAUCGUAAUUCGUGACCCAAACACAAAGCACUCUCGUGGAUUCGGAUUUGUUACAUUUGCCUCAAUUUUCAGCGCCGAGUCGGCGAUGAAUGACAGGCCACACAAGCUCGGAGGAAAGACGGUUGACUCGAAAAGAGCUAUUCCACGUGAGCAAAUGUCAUCAAUGAUUCCGCCACCAUUCUUUGAAACCGAUCCAGCGCCAGGAUGCAAGCUGCUACUCAACGGAAUUACCAACGGCGUGCACUCUGUUGACUCACUACGCGUUUACUUUGAAACGUUUGGAACUCUUGAUCAAGUUGAGAUCCUUGGUCAACCACGUGGCCUUGGAUUUGUGAUCUAUGAAGACAAGGAGUCAGCAGAUCGUUGUCUAGCUCAUAACAGCGGUCGUCAUAUUGUGAACGAACGCAAAAUUGAAGUGCGCGUCUUCACCAAACAUCCCAAUGGAAGCACUUACUGGAAGCGUCCUCAAUCACAAUCACAUUCUCAACGUGACCUGUUCGAGCAACUUUCACAGCUUAACCUAAAGGACGGAGAUCGCAAAAGUACUGGGAACAGUAGUUCAGCAGCAGACACACCGCAAAACUUUGAUGAGGAUAGCAAUUAUGGAGGUACCACAACGGAGGAUGAUUGCAAUGUAUUUGAACAUGAAGAAGGAUCAUCGGAAGAAAGUUCAACAGAACAAACGUUAGAAAAUGAAAAGGAAAAUUCAGACUAGACUUAUUUUUCCAUCAAACUUCAAUUUUAUAAACUUCAUGCUCAAAACGUCUCCGCAGCUCAAAUGCACUAUCAAAUCUUCUCCAUUAUCACUGCAUAUUUACCCACCCUUCUCCACCGUCAACAUGCUCAUAUCAAUAACAAGUAAAAAAAAACUCUCGUCUUGUCGAUUUAGAACCCCCUCUCGCCGUCUAUUUGUCACUCUCCGCCAUAUGAAUCACACAAGUAGUUUUUAUUUCAAUUAAGAACGAGAAAAUCAUUUGCUCAAAUUUAUGGUUAGACAAAAGAAGAAAAAAAAUCACACUUUCAGAUCACACAUAUUCAUACCAAAAUCAUCUCUGAAAUGUUACUCAAAUCACAAACUGCUAAUACUUUUUUUGGCUAUUAUUUUUCAUAAAAAUAAUACUUUUCUCUUUGAAAGAGCAGUCCUAUUCUAACCUUUUAUACAUCUGGUCAUUUCAUUUUUGUAUAUUGUUUCAACAUUGAAUGUUGUGAAUGUUCACCUAAGAACACGCCCCGUUGAAGCAAACCUUUCCUCACAUCACGUUAUGACUGUACUAUGCCUAUAAUAUAAUCAAAUUUUCAUACUUGUCUCAAAUUGUGUCCCAUUUCUAUCAGAUAAGCUUUGUCUGUACCGCCUUCCCCAUCCCCCCACUCCCGAAUCCUGUUCACUCCUUCUCAAAUCUUUCAGUCUUUGAAAUACAAGUAGUGCCUUUGUAGUAUGCUCAUUGUCACCCUCAACACAACCAGUCCCGUUUAACUUUUUUUUUCUUCAAAAAAUUGGUUUAUUUUCCUCUCUCUCUCAUUUAAUUGUAUGCUAAUCGAGUGUCUAAUGUUGUAUACCCCGUCAUUUCUCAUUUUCUUUCACUCUCUUCUCUUUUUAUCAAUUCUUUAAUUACAUCCAUCAAAACUCCCAUCCCUCCUCCACGUACCCGCUUUUUUUUCUCAUCUCAGAAAAAUUCUAAAACAUUCAAAAUGAUAUUCAUUUCAAAAACAUUCACGAUUUUCUCUGUUGAUAAAAGUCAUUGAAUUCUCUGUUCUGUUCAGGGUUGAACAUGGUUUUUAUUGUACAAUAAAGAUAACUUCCGAUU